GAGAGAGAGGAAAUAGACGAUAACAUCGCGAAAGAUGACAACGCCGUUACAAGUGCGGCACAAAAUAUCAGACUUGAACCAGAGUUUGAAUUAGAUAGCAAAAUGGAUGCCGACGAAUGCAGCGACUUAACAGGAUACAAGCGAUCUGUUUCAGCAGUCGUAAACAUUUCUGGAUAUUUAUUCCAACAAGAGUUGUCCAAGGCUUUGGAAACUUCUAUACCUAACAGUAAAAAAGAGUCUGCAUCGCAAUCGGAAGAAAAGUUCACAGAAGAUGAACCAAAGCUCCAUAAAGAAAACGUCGAAAUGGAAUUGAAAAAACUUAAAAGGGAAAAUACCGAGCUCGAAACGCAAAUGAGCGUCAUGACUGAGGAGCUUGAGAAGUACCGAAAGAGGAUAGAAACUUUGCAGGCUGACCUGGAUGAGAGCAAAGUUGAAGUAAAGCGACUUCAAUUUAAGGAAGAAUACAAAGAAAGAGAACUGGCAAAUUUAAAACGUGAUUUUCAGAGCAAGGAGCGAAAAUGGGAAGAAGGAAAUGAACACGUGGAAAAGGUUACGGCGGAAAUAAGAGAUCUCUGGGACGAUGUCGAUUACUUGGAGGAAAGCUUAAAGAACAGUCAAGAUAGGAACGAAGAUCUAACGUUUGAGGUUGAUGAGCUGACGAUAAUGAUGCAGGAAAUGAAGAGAAAAUAUCGGAUGGAACAUAGUCGCGGUGGAUGCGGACAUCUACGAGAGGAAGUAGAGUUACUGAACGGAUCCCUGGAAUUGAAGGAACAGCGAGUUGUUCUGUUAGAGAGCCAAAUUGACGCUUUUGAAGCAGAAAGAAAAGAAUUAUUGAAUAAUGUUGAUUACUUGGAGGAAAGCUUAAAGAACAGUCAAGAAAGGAAUGAAGUUUUGACGUUUGAGGUUGAUGAGCUAACGAUAAUGAUGCAGGAAAUGAAGAGAGAAUAUCGGAUGGAACAUAGUCGCGGUGGAUGUGGACACUUACGCGAGGAAGUAGAGUUACUGAACGGAUCCCUGGAAUUGAAGGAACAGCGAGUUGUUCUGUUAGAGAGCCAAAUUGACGCUUUUGAAGCAGAAAGAAAAGAACUAUUGAGUAAUGUUGAUUACUUGAAGGAAAGCUUAAAGAACAGUCAAGAAAGAAAUGAAGAUCUGACGUUUGAGGUUGAUGAGCUGACGAUAAUGAUGCAGGAAAUGAGAAGAGAAUAUCGGAUGGAACACAGUGGCGGUGGAUGCGGACACCUACGCGAGGAAGUAGAGUUACUAAAUGGGUCCCUAGAGCUGAAUGCACAGCGAAUAGUCAUGUUAGAGAGCCAGGUGGACGCGUUUAAAUCAGAACGCUCUAGCUUUAAAAAUACUGUUCAGAGUAUGAAAAGAGAAAUGGAGUUUCUUAAUAACGAAAAGGCGAUGACGAAGACGCAGUUGCAUGAACUGAAACGUGAAACAUCAAAGAAUAUUAGCGAUCUUCAAGAUGAAAUUGCAAAGUUACAAGAAGAAAAGUCCACCUCGUCCUCCGAAAUGCCAAAGGAAUCAGGAAAAGAUAACCAGUUGUGUGAGAUAACAAGUGAAAAAUCAUGGAUUACAAGAAAACUUGAAGAUCACAUAACAAGAUUAAGAAGAGAGAACUGUUCUUUAACCGCAAGAGUUUCAAAGGCAUACGAAAAGGAUGUCCAGUUGAUUGAACUAAAAGAAAAAGUGGAACUGAAUAAGUAUCAUUUGAAAAGUUUGACUGAGGCGGCGAAGGCGUCUUUGAACAGCAAAGAGAAGGAAGUGGAGGAAGCUUACCGCGUCAUAAAGAAGCAAGACGAAACGAUCAAAAAUCUAAUCGAAGAGAUAAGGCAGGAAAGGUGUGACAGGGGCCGCCUCGAACUACAGUCUGAAAAAAUCAAAGAACUUGAAGCUCAAGUACAAAGAAUGGAGGACAUAAAAAGAAACACACUUCACUCAGAGGAUGCCUUGGUGCUUGAAGUGAGAGAAGAAAGGUCAGAAAAAGAGCAUUUGAAAAAGGCUGUGGAAGCUAAAAAGUGUAGUUCUCAUACAGCGAAAGAGCUUUACAUGAGAAUUGGACAUCUAGAGAAUCAGCUACGCAAGAGGGAUGACCUAACAAAUGCUACUCUUACUUCUCUAAAAGAAAACAAGAGCUCACUAAAGGAAGCUAAUGCCACCAUCGAUUUACUGACUGAACAGUUGGAACGGGAAAAGUCGGAUAACGAAACUCUAAGAAGGGCUCUCGAAGUGUAUGAGAGUAACUCCCAUACCGAAAAAGAAAAGACUGAGAAAAUUGAAAAACUGGAGGAGCAGUUGCAAGAGAUGGAUGAUCUACGAGAGAAGACUGUUAUGUCUCUUAAAGAGAAAGAAAGGUCAUUGGAGGAGGCUUGUGAUGAGAUCAAAGAGUUAACUCAACAAAUAGCACAUGAAAAGUCGGACAAAAAGUAUUUCAAGAAGAAGUUUAAGGCUAGUGAGGGCAUCGCUAAUAGACUGAAUCUCGUUCAAAAAAGGACUAAGAGACAUACACAGAAGAAGGGUUCUAUAACGGCACACGUGGGAAAAAGGCUGAAGAGCUUGGUACAGAGACAAACGGAAGUGAUAGAAAAAAAAGCCAAUAUAGGGCGUGUGUUAGACAAAUUAAGGGAAGAUUUGAUUGAGAGAGAAGAAUCAAUGGAAGGUUUAAGAAGUAACUUUCAUCAUAGUGCGGAGGAAUUCUUGUCCAUGCGAAGGCAGCUUGAAGACAGUCAAUUUGAAAAUGCCGACCUCAAACAGCGUCUUGGAGACCAGGAUGACAAAGUUAAAACGCUUGAAAUAACUAUCAAACAACUUGAGGAAGAUCUUCAUAAGACGCACGAAUACCUAAAUGAAAGAGAAGCUGGCCUUGAUGACGCGAAUGAAACCCUGCAAAUGAAAUGCUCGCUUCUCACAACCUUGGGAGCCAAAUUAUGUCUAAAGAGCAAAGAGUUGACUCAAGCAAACAAGGACAAAGGCUUAGAGAUAACUCGUAUUGAGACCACACUUAGAGAAGUGAAAAAAAAGUUAGACAUUGCUGUAUCCAUCAUCGAGAAGCAAAAUGAACAAUGUGCUAACCUUAAGACUUGUGCAAUGAGAAAAACCCGAGAUGCGGAAGAGAUGCAAGACGAAUUGAAACGCUUGUCAACUCAACUUGAAUGUGCCAGGAAAGAGAAGGAAAACUUACAACGAGCAUUGUUAACUGCUACAGUGCCUCUCGAAAACAGGAGGUUCUUCGCAGAAAAAGAACAGAAGGCUCUACAGGUGAAAGUAAAUUCUGGUUUGAAAGAAUUGAAUAUCAAAAGUAAACAAUUUUGGGACAUGGAGAUGGACCUUCAGGACGCUGCAGCUCGGGUCUCUGUACUUGGAGAUGAAAAACCAGAGCAAGAGGGAAACAUAGCAGCCUUUAAAGGAAAAGUAUCACGAAACCUUGACCUAUCAGUGGAGGGACAGUACGUGGAAAGUGAAAAGGAGAGUCCGCUCCUAUUGACAAUUGGCUCAGCAGAACAUGAGAUGGCUAAGCUGACAAAGGAGAAUCAUAGGCAGUUCGGCAAUGAGUUAUUGCACGAUAGGCUCGAAAACAAGUCUUCUGAGUCAACAAGUGAGGAAAGAACGUUUAGCAUCCUGGAAACCAGGAGAGUAACAACUUUAUACAAAGUAACAUUUUUGGCAGAUGAAAAUUGUCAGGAGGACACUAAGAAUAAAUGGGCGAAUACUUCUGGGAUGGAGAAACGUGUUCAAACAAGGGGAGAUCCACACUUCAACCGCGCCAGCGCUGAGGUUGAGGUUGACCAUUCCAUGCACAAAUCACCUAAUACAGUUUCAGUCAUCCACUGCAAUGGUUAAAGUUUUGCAGGAAGUCUAUAUCGGCAAACUGAGCGAAGUGUGAUGAUAUAAGAUAUUUAUUUUUCAUCAUCAUUGAAAAUUAUACUUGCAAUAUUGAUAAUGUUAAAGGUUUUUUUUUCGAAAGGGUAUGCUUGCCUUAUGUAAAUAAAUGACUGUAUUUUUAUAGCACUCUUGCUUUGACAUUAAUUGUAAAUAUAUUGAAAUACCUAAAAAAGUAA